AUGUCUACACAUUGGGUGAAAGGUCGAGGAUCACAAAUGUUACGUGUCAUAAAGAAGUACCUACGUUUUGUGGGCCCAGGGUUAAUGGUUGCAGUGGCAUAUAUGGAUCCUGGGAACUAUUCAACUGCCGUGGCUGCGGGUUCAGUUUAUCGGUAUAAGUUGCUCUUUAGUGUGAUGAUGUCCACAUGUUUAGGAGUAUAUCUUCAAGUACUUUCAGCCAAAUUGGGGGCAGUCACAGGACUUGAUUUGGCAUCUAAUUGUCGAGAACAUCUUAGUUACAAGACAAAUCUUUUCGUCUAUAUAAUGACGGAAAUUGCAAUCAUUGCUACAGAUUUGGCAGAAGUGGUUGGAUGUGCUGUUGCCAUAAACAUCAUUUUUGGAUUGCCCUUAAUAUUGGGAGUGUUAGUUACGGUAGUGGAUGUUUUGGUGGUUCUUAUGGCAUAUAGACCCAAUGGUCCAAUGCUUUUCAUUAGAAUCUUUGAAGGGUUUGUUAGUUUAUUGGUGGCUGCUACAGUAGUAUGUUUUGCCUUUGAGUUAUUGCAAGUAAGUCACGAUGAACAAAUCAAUUUCAAAUUGGGGGAAGUUCUUAGUGGAUUUCUCCCUUCAUCCGAAGUGGUGGAAAUUUCUAAAGAACAUCAUAAUACUCUGGGCUUGUUUCUUUCCCUUGCCAUUUUAGGUGCUACAGUUAUGCCUCAUCUGUUGUAUUUGGGUUCAGGUUUAGUACAAGCUCGUCUUAAAGAAUAUGACAUUAAAUCUGGGUUUUUCAUACCGAAGAGUUUACGUCAUACAUCAGCAUCUUCUUCUUCCUCAAAGGAUGUCACUACAAUAGUAGAUAAUGAUACUACUCUUGCUCAUGAACUGCUGGAUGAACAUGACCAUUUAAUGAGUGGUACUGAACAAGAGUAUCCACAUAAAACAGCGGAAGAGAAUUUAACAACUGCUAAUAAUGAAGAUGAAGAUGAAGAUGACAUCUAUCGUCCUCUGAUUCAUGCUAUAAAAGAUACCAUGGCUUACACAUUAACAGAAUUGGUGAUAUCUUUGUUCACGGUUGCACUUUUCGUUAACUCUGCCAUUUUGAUUGUGGCUGGUGCAACAUUAACUUCAAGAUCCGAUCAUAGACGAAGAGAUGACGAUGACAAUGAUGACUAUGAUUCAGAUGAUGACAAUACCAAUUAUGAAUCUGCUGAUUUAUAUACCAUUUACAAUUUACUCAGUCGGCAUUUGAAUCCUACAGCCGGAUUUGUAUUUGCUCUUGCAUUACUUUGUUCAGGUCAAUCAGCAGGAGUUGUUUGUACACUUGCAGGUCAAAUGGUUAGUGAAGGGUUCAUGAAUUGGUCUUUCCCUCCAGUUGUUCGUCGUUUGAUCACCAGAUUGCUAGCCAUUGUUCCUUGUGUUAUUGCAGUGAUGAUAACUGGACGUAAUGGAUUAUCACAAGUGUUGAACUACAGUCAAGUUGUUCUUUCCAUACUUUUACCUGCGGUAACAGCACCAUUGAUUUAUUUCACGUGCAGCAAGAAGAUCAUGAGAGUUCCUAUUUAUUUCCAAGACGAGAUCGAAGUUGACACCAUAGUUGAUUUUGAAAGCACCAUUGAUAGAAACAAUAACAACGCCCAUGAUUCUUCUUCUCAUAGGAAGUAUACCGCGACUCAACCGGCUAUAAGACUCCAAGAGUUACGGAACUCACACCCAUGUUCCGCGUGGGAUGAUGAAGACGACGACGAGGGCAUUCAUAGAUUCGGGUUAAUGGAAUCAUCGUCUCAAAUAUCAGUAGGUACGGUUGCUCCAACCCCAGGUACCAGUGGGACCAAUUUGGUUCAUUCUGGAAUGGCUGCAGCGGCCGCCGCUAAGGCUACCAUUAAGAAUACUUCUAGAUCACGUAGUCUGCUGAUCACACAGGUUACUUCAAGCAACACUCUCACGAACGAUGACGAUGAUGAAGAUGAUAACGUUCGACUCAUUAAAGGCUAUAAGGACAUGAGUAAUGGUCGUAUUGGUACGACGAUUGCGGUUACAGUUUGGAUCUUUGUGACUGUCCUUAAUGGGUAUUUGAUAUUGAGUGUAUUUGAAGACUAA